AGGAUACUUUCAACUGCAUCUUCCGCCAUAUUCCCUGUUCCUUCCACCCCAUCCCCAUCCUCCUCCUCCUCCUCCUCCUCCUCCUCCUCUCACCACAUGGCUUUUGUCCAAGUGAAGGCGCUUUGAGAGAGGCGCGCUCGAAGAGCAGGAGCACAGUCGCACAUGGUCCACCGCCUGGUGCGCAACACAUCCCUGUCACGUUUGGGAAUCUUUUGUAGAUGAGAUAUUCCACUUUGUGUUGAUCAUUCCUCUGCUCUCUGGUCUACCUCACUCCUUUCACUUGUGUUUUGUGAAGGUAUCAUCAUUGAGAGAGCUUCUGUUGCACCUGGGGCACUGCUUGGGAGGAGGGCUGCAAGGCUGCAUACAUUUUUUUUUUUAUAUUUAAAGUUAAUUUUGGUUGCUCGAGAUUCUGCGUAAAUCAGCAGCAGCAUGACAGCCGAGAAGAGCGGGCCGGUGAUAAACGGUAAACCGGAGGACAGUAGAGACACAGAGGGGUCCAGCUCCAGCCUGGACAACAGGGAGUACUAUGAGAGAGGCCAGUGGAACAACAAGAUUGAGUUUGUGCUGUCGGUGGCUGGAGAGAUCAUCGGGCUUGGCAACGUCUGGAGGUUUCCCUACCUCUGCUACAAGAAUGGAGGAGGUGCUUUCUUCGUACCGUAUGUCAUCUUCUUCGUGUGCUGCGGUAUACCCGUCUUUUUCCUGGAGACCGCCCUGGGCCAAUUUACCAGUGAGGGAGGCAUCACCUGCUGGAGGAAAGUCUGUCCCCUGUUUGAAGGCAUUGGCUAUGCGACUCAGGUGAUUGAAGCUCAUCUAAACGUCUACUAUGUAGUCAUCCUCGCCUGGGCCAUCUUCUACCUCUUUAACUGCUUCACCACGGAGCUGCCAUGGGCUGGCUGUGGCCACUACUGGAAUACAGAGAACUGUGUGGACUACUAUGGCGAGAAUGCCACCAACAUUACCAACCCCAAUGCAACGUCUCCUGUUAUUGAAUUUUGGGAACGGCGAGUAUUGAAGAUAUCAGAUGGUAUCGAACACAUGGGGGGGAUGCGCUGGGAGCUGGCCAUGUGUUUGGCCCUGGCCUGGUUUAUCUGCUACUUCUGCAUCUGGAAGGGACCCAAGUCGACCGGAAAGGUUGUGUACGUGACGGCCACAUUCCCAUACUUCAUGUUACUGAUUCUGCUGAUUAGAGGAGUAACGCUGCCUGGAGCUUACGAUGGCAUCAAGUUUUACCUCUACCCAGACAUCUCCCGUCUCUCCGACCCUCAGGUAUGGGUGGAUGCAGGAACCCAGAUCUUCUUCUCCUACGCCAUCUGCUUGGGCUGCCUCACUGCUCUUGGUAGUUAUAACGCCUACAACAACAACUGCUAUAGGGACUGCAUCAUGCUGUGCUGUCUGAACAGUGGCACCAGCUUUGUGGCAGGUUUCGCUAUUUUCUCAGUGCUGGGAUUCAUGGCCUACGAACAGAAUGUUCCCAUCGAGGCCGUGGCAGAAUCUGGUCCUGGUCUUGCAUUCAUCGCCUACCCAAAAGCUGUCACCAUGAUGCCUCUGUCUCCACUUUGGGCCUGUCUCUUCUUCAUGAUGCUCAUCUUUCUUGGACUGGACAGCCAGUUUGUGUGUGUGGAAAGCUUAGUGACGGCCGUGGUGGACAUGUACCCAGAAACCUUCAGGAGAGGCUACCGUAGAGAACUGCUGAUUCUCGGCAUGUCUAUCGCCUCUUUCCUCAUAGGACUCAUCAUGUGUACAGAGGGAGGGAUGUACGUCUUUCAGCUGUUCGACUCGUAUGCUGCCAGUGGCAUGUGCUUGCUGUUUGUGGCCAUCUUUGAGUCCAUAUGUAUCGGAUGGGUGUAUGGCAGCGACAGAUUCUACUUAAACAUUGAGGACAUGAUUGGUUACAAGCCUGUCUUCUUCAUCAAAUGGUGCUGGAUGAUCUUGACCCCGGGCAUCUGUGCUGGUAUUUUCCUGUUCUUCCUAAUCAAAUACAAGCCACUGAAGUACAACAACGUGUACACCUACCCUGAGUGGGGCUAUGGUAUCGGCUGGUUCAUGGCCAUGUCCUCUAUGGUGUGCAUCCCUCUGGGGAUAAUCUGGAUGAUCUGGAAGACUCCUGGCACCUUCUCUGAGAGAAUGAAGAAGUUGACGACGCCCAGCCCGGACCUGAAAAUGCGAGGAAAGUUCGCCGCUCUCAGUCCAUAUGCCGCCAAUGACGCUAAACUUAAGGUUGACGGGAAAAUAUCCACCGUCUCGGAGAAGGAAACGCAUUUCUAACUGACUUGUCUGACUGCCCGUGACGUCUGCCUCAAUUCUAUAUUCAACCCUUAAAAAAAGUGACAAACCUGCCAUUACAGAAAUAAGAAAUAAUUCAAAGGGUUAUUUUGAUUUUGUAAAAAAAAAAAGAAAA